ACCGUUAGCAAUCCAUUCAAGCCAACAAGUUUGGAGAGAAUGUUGAGUUUAAUCAAUUCAGAACGUCGAGAUGGAGCCCAACUCACUCAUGUGGGUAGGCUCACCUUGUGGUUUGCACGGACCUUACAUUUUCUACAAGGCAUUUCGAUUUCACCUUGAAGGCAAACCAAGAAUACUGUCCCUCGGCGACUUUUUCUUCGUAAGAUGUAAGCCAGGGGAUCCGAUUUGCAUAGCGGAGCUCCAGUUGUUAUGGGAAGAAAGGACAAGCAAGCAACUUUUAUCCAGCUCCAAACUUUAUUUUCUCCCAGAAGAUACUCCCCAGGGAAGGGCUGUCAGUCAUGGAGAGGACGAGGUGAUCGCCGUGUCAGAGAAGGUCAUCGUGCGGCUGGAGGACCUGGUGAAAUGGACGGUGCGGGAUGCGUCGUGCUGGAUGCAGGGCCUGAAGGCGAUGCCCCUCAAGCCGACCGUGCUGCGGGAGCUCGGCAAGAACGGUCAGCGCGAGACGCUACACCGCUACCGAGAGUCCAUGCUCAACAGCGGCCUGAACUUCAAAGAUGUGCUCAAGGAGAAGGCCGAGCUAGGUGAGGACGGUGAGGACAAACGUGUCCUGGUUCUGAGCUACCCACAGUACUGCCGGUACCGCUCGGUCAUCGCGCGCCUGCGGGAGCGGCCCGCCUCGCUGCUGACGGACCAGGUGGUCCUGGCGCUGGGCGGCAUCGCCUCGCUCACCAGCAGCACGCAGAUCCUCUACUGCAGGGACACCUUUGAGCACCCCACGCUCGUCGAGAACGAGAGCGUCUGCGACGAAUUCGCGCCCAAUCUGAAGGGCCGGCCCCGGAAGAAAAAGCUGUCAAUCUCCCAGCGGCGCGACUCCCAGGGCCAGAACACAGCAGCCAAGGAGCCCAGCGGCUCCGACAGCAAGGCCCCUGCCAAGGUGAAGGCAGAAACAAAGGCUGCGGCAGCGUCCAACAAGCCCAAGAACGGCAGCACCAGCAGCACCAGCAGCAGCAGCAGCAGCAGCAGCAAUGGCAGCCACUGUAAGAAGCCCACGUCGUCGGCGGAGGAGAAGCUGAAGCCCAGCGGUGGGGACGAGGGCAGUGAAGGGGAUGAGGAGCAGGCCUUCCUCGUGGCCCUCUACAAGUACAUGAAGGAGAGGAAGACGCCCAUCGAGAGGAUACCGUACCUGGGCUUCAAACAGAUCAACCUUUGGACUAUGUUUCAAGCUGCUCAGAAGCUGGGAGGAUACGAGGUGAUCACAGCUCGUCGACAGUGGAAAAAUGUAUACGAUGAGCUCGGCGGUAACCCUGGAAGCACCAGUGCAGCCACGUGCACGCGGAGACACUACGAAAGGCUCAUUCUGCCCUAUGAGAGGUACACCAAAGGUGAGGAAGACAAACCCCUUCCCCCCGUUAAGCCGCGCAAGCAGGAGGGUAACCGGCCAGGAGGGCGGCGCCACCACCACCACCACUCACCGCCGGCCACCCGCUGCCACCACCACCACCAGUCCAGCCGGCGCCAAGACGAAAGUCCCCACCAGCACCAAGCGGCCCAAGGAGGAGCAGAACCACAGGCCCAAACUGGACAAGGAGCCCACCGCAGCAGCAGCAGCCGCCACUGUCGCCGUCAAAGACUCAGACAGCCCAGAGGACCUGAAGAAAGAGGAGGUGGAGCCUCUUCAAGACGAGGAGAAGGCACAGCCCAAGCAGGAGGUCCAGGGAGACCCCGAGAGUGGCCGCACCAAGGAGGGCGAUGAGGAGCAGACGACGUCGAGGAGGUGGUGGAGGUCAAGCCGGAGGUGAAGGAGGAGCCGGAGAGUGUACGCAGCCUUGAGAGAACAGCGCCCCCUCGCGGGGCUCUCUGGGAUGGCGGGCGGCCCGUCAGCCCCGCGGGCGACUCGGCGGUCGCCGCCCCGCAGACGGACAACGCCAGCGGCGCCAGGUUCAAAGACGACGAGGUGUUCGCGGUGGCGGCUCCUGCCAAGCCUCUCCACCAUCCCCACCACCACCCCCACCACCACCACCACCACCACGCCAUCGCUAGCCAGUGGCAGCCGUCGGGGGUGGGCGCAGAGUUCGCCGUGGUGCCCCCUCCGCUGAGCAAGAUGGGCAGACCGGAGCUCCCUGCGGGUACGACGAAAGAGAACCACAGCCACGUGGGCAUGGUCCUGCCCACCCUCCAGCAGCGGCCGUCGUCGUCCUCGUCGCUGCAGCCCCUUCUGGCCCCGGAGAUCCCCACUGAGCGGGCCGAGCUGCCCGGCAAGGACGACGCCACCACGUUCGGCUACUCGCCCUUCCUCCCGUACCCCAAGGCCAACCCCGGCAUCAUGUCCCCCCUGGCCAAGAAGAAGCUGCUCUCUCAGGUCAGCGGAACGUCCCUGUCCAGCAACAACAACAGCAGCAGCAGCGGCAGCAGCGGCGGGAACUACUCCUACGGACUGCCGCCGCCUCUCAUCUCCAGCAAAGGCUCGGGGGGAGUGGUCAUCGGAGCGGAGGAGGCUGCGGCGGCAGCGGCAGCAGUGCAGCAAGACGGCGGGUUCGUGAACAGGCCCUCGGUGAUCCAGCACGCCCAGAGCUUCAGGCUCCACGGGGGCGCCGACGAGCAGCAGAGACCCCCCAGCAAAGAGGCCCUGCAGAGGGACGGCAGUGGGGUGCCGCCGUCGCCGUCGGAGACCUUCUCCACCCAGAACCACCAACACCACCAACACCACCAACAACACCAACACCACUCCCAUCCUCAUCCUCACCCCCAUGCCCAGCACAAGGGUCAGUCCGGCCCGACGUUGGACCCUUACCUGCUGAGGGCCGAGUCGGACGGCGGGGUGGUGGAGAGGCCCCCCGAAACGCCCCGGCCGGGACACGCGCCCAGUUUCCCCGGCGACUUCUACUCGUCGCCGCACCUGCACAGCCUGUACCGGCAGGCCGAGCACCACCUGGGCAAGGAGCACCUGAACAAGUACCUGCACGCGCGCGAGGCCUUUCCCAGAGACUGCGAGAGCGGCGCGCCAGGCUUCCCCCAAGGCCAGCAUCAUCAACCGCCAGCCGAGGGCAUCGGCCUGGGCUACGGGGCCUGCCUGCCCCCGAAGGACAAGCGUCCCUCAGGAGGAGAGAGGACCGCCGAGGACCAACCCACGGACUUGAGUCUCCCAAAGUCGUCCCCUCCCAAACUGCCCUCGUCCUCCUCCCCUUCCAUGUGCAGCAUGCCCCAUGCGCCCAUGGUCCCUCCUCAGGACUUGAAGUCGACCAACACACCUCUGCCCUACCAGGCGGCCAGCGGGCAAGCCUCCAGCCUGGACUACCACCCGAGGGCUUGUCGCGUCCCCCCGAUGACCACGUCCACGUCCAAGAAUCCGGCCGAGCCCCUUCCGCACCAGCCACAGCCGUUCCCGCGGGCGAUGGAGAAGGCCGGGCACCACCACCACAACAGCCGCGCGGAGUCAUCGGACUCGAUCGUCGGGUUCAAGGUGGAGGAGCUGGCGCGGCCCAUCCUGGGCACCAAGAGCUGCCCGCAGAACGUGGGCGCCGCCCGGCCCCUCAAGCGGUCGCUGGGCGGCGACGGGCUCGAGAACGGACUCCCGGAGAAGAAGGUGCGCGCCGUGACGCCCAUGCACUGUUCCCUGCCGAGCAGGGACGCCUCCUGCAAGACGACGCGGACGCCAGAGCCCGAGGCCGAGCCGGUCAAGCGUGCCGACCCGACCCCCCCACCACUGCCCCCCCCCCACGCCGUACACGUCAACGGAUACGCGCCGGAGGGCCACAAGUACCCCUUCCACACGCCCAUCUUCCCCAUCUACCCGGGGGCCUCCAUGUUCCAGAUGCACGACAUGUGCGACGGCAUGGCUGGCCCAGUGCCUGCUGGGUACUCGCACCCGCUGCAGUACCUGAAGAACCAGACCGUCCUCUCUCCUCUUCCCCCCUUCGCCAUCCAUUCUUUCAUGAUGCAGAGACAGCUAUUGGCUCAGGCCGCCGCUAGCCCCUCCCACCUUUACCAACACCCAAUGGGGCCGCCCUACGGGGACUUGCUCCAUCACGGACUGUACCCCAUGUCUGCCCUUAACCCUCAGCCUGCCUUCAGCCCCCAGCAACUUUCAUCCGUACACCCCAGCACCAAACUGUCCUAGGCCAACAGCCCCCCCCCCACCCCCCAACCCCAUCCCAAGCCCUUCCUUUAUGUGACAUUCUUAAUCAACCCCCCCCCACACACACACACACACACACACACACCAUUGACACUUUCAUGGUGCUUCAUCUCCCAGAUAAACAGUGUGCUGUGCUCCACUGGAGGCAGCGGACAUUACACUGCUGAUGCUUUUGAUCUGGGAAGAUUUUUCUCCUCUUUUGCCACAAUGUUUUUUUUCUUUCUUUCUUUCUUUCUUUCUUUCUUUCAUGAUUUGCACAUUUCCUUCUUGGUCGACGCAGUGGAGCCAGCCAGCGACAUGAGACAACCACCAUUUUGGCUCUCACGUCGCUGUUCCCUGCGGGUUCCAGCUGCUUUGGGCGGCAAGCUCUCUGGAGAAUCUGGGCUGGGCACUGGCUCGAGAGGGCUGGGCAGUCAACGUGAACAAGGUCGCGCUCUCUCUCUCUCGUUGUACUGCUGUGUGUCCAAAGGAUAGAGGAGGGAGGAAGAACACACACACACACACACACACACACACACACACACACAAACAAAAUGAAGCACGUGGAGUGAAAAAUCAAUGCAAUGCGACAGUGCAAUUUCAAAUCAAUCUUUUGGCACUCUUUGUUUGAAACACUAUGAGGCACUCUCUCCUCAGGAGCACUCCUCAGAUCCUGUAAUAACCUUUUUACUGUCAAAAGAAACUACUUCUUUCUUUUUUUUUCUUUUCAUAUAAUCCUUGUGCUUUUUUUUGUACUAGUGUGGUAGUUAGUGUGUUCAUAUUUCAGGCUGACAGGAGUUGUUAGCAAGAUAUCAGAUGCCGUUAUCAAAGAACACCACGAGAGACCAGCCUCUCGCCAAGACACAGUUACAUGUACAUAGACAAUAAUUAAGCUCUCCUUUAAAAGAAUCUUCAGUCGGGAGAGGAGAGAGAGAGAAAAAAACAAUGUGAAGUAGGUUUCACAAGAUUUCCAUUUAUUUGCUGGCGUUGUCCCAAGGAGCUUUCUCUUGUUCCCGCCAUCACAGGCUUGUGUUUACCAGAGCAACGUGGAAUGUGUUUUGUCAAAUGUAGGACAGAGGUGCUUGUAAAUAAUAGAAAAAAUUAAACAGAAAAAAAAAAAUAUUACACAACACGUUGUCA